AUGGCGUUUUUAGUGUUCCACUCCGCUGUACGUUCAUUGCAGUGGCCGGAGAAACCUGCUGCAAGGGUGGCUGCUGUGACACCAGUGACUGCAAGUGUUGUGAAGGCUGCAAAACCAAACAGGGCUGCUCGUGUGAGCCUGGCAAGUGUGCCUGCGCCCAUUGUCCGUGUGGAUGCUGCAAGGAUUGCUGCUCCGAUUAACGUUGACACCCUUGACUUUACUGAUCCGAUUUGUAUUACAUAA